AUGGCUGCCCUCAAUGCCGAGCCCGAGAAAGCGGACUUUCCAGACUUGUCCGGCAACAACUCCAACGAUGAGGUGGAAAAUGCUGGUACCCGGGUCAUCGUCGACAAGAUGACCGAGCGUAAGCUCAUGACCAAGAUUGACAAACGCAUUAUACCAAUGGUGAUGUGGAUAUACUUGAUGAAUUUUAUGGAUAGAGUCAGCAUCGGCAACGCCCGUCUGUAUGGCAUGGAGGAUGACCUCGGCCUUACUGGUGACCAAUUUCAGCUCGCCGUGUCAAUUCUGUUUGUCACUUACUGCUUGUUUGAGACACCCUCCAACAUGAUCAUCAAGAGACUCCAGCCUGCAUACUACAUCGCCGGUCUCUGUGUAGCUUGGGGUCUUGUGGCAACAUUCUCUGCCUUUGUUCAGAAUCUGGGAGGGCUCAUUGCCUGCCGCCUUCUGCUGGGCUUCUUUGAAGCCGGCUUCUUCCCAGGUAUCAUCCUCUAUCUAACCACGUUCUACAACAAGGGCAAUAUCGCGCUCCGAAUAAGCUACUUCUUCGCCACAUCCGCCGUAUCGGGCGCCGCGGGAGGCCUGGUCGCUUAUGGCAUCGGCAACAUGGACGGAACUGCAGGCUGGAGAGCAUGGAGAUAUAUCCUACUUUUUAACGGAAUUCCGACCGUCCUUACUGGACUCUUGAUCCCGUUCGUCUUGCCAAACAGUCCACAGACAGCCAAGUUCCUCACCGACGACGACCGCCGCAACAUGGUACUCCUUCGCGAAGCCGAAACCGGGCAAACCAAAUCGGCGCAGGAGCUCCACUGGCCCGAUGUAAAGGCCGGCAUGCUUGACUGGAAGACCUAUGCCUAUGGCCUCACUCAAUUCUGUAACAACGCCAUGCUUUAUGGGUUCAGCGCCUUUCUUCCUACGAUCAUCCGUGGGAUCGGCGACUGGAGCGUUGCCGAGGUCCAGCUCCUGACCAUCCCAGUCUAUGGGAUCGGAGCUAUCACCUACCUCAUUUGCUCGCGUAUCAGCGACAUCACCCAAAUCCGCGGCCCGUUCGCCGCCGGCGGCCAACUGGUCGCAACGGUCGGCUACGCCAUGCUGAUCGCGAACCACAGCCCAGGCCUCAGUUUCACGGGUUGCAUGUUCGUCGGUAUGGGAUGCUACGUCGCCAACGGCACGCCCGUCGCGUGGCUCUCAACCAACAACCCGCGCUACGGCAAGCGCGCGUACGCCAGCGGUGUGCAGCUGUCAAUGGGAAACUCGGCUGGUGUGGCGGCGCCCUUUUUGUUCACCAAUGCUAUGGCGCCUGAAUACCGUCCUGGGUACGGGGCGACUAUCGGUCUGUUGGGCUUCGCCAUGAGCACCAUGACGACCCUACACCUAUAUUAUAGAACGGUAAAUGCGCGAAGGGAGCGGGGCGAGGAGGACUGGAAAUUCGAGGGUAAGACAGAAGAAGAGGUGGCUGAGCUGGGUGACCUCAGCCCCAGGUUCCGGUAUACGCUCUGA